AUGUAUGGAGCUAGAACUGACCAUGAAAGAAUGUUGGCCUAUCAACAGAACAUAGAGCAACAACUAGCAUCCCAAAGCAAGAAACAACCACAUAGACGUAUUGUUGAUCAUGGGAAUAAUAUGACCAAUUGGUAUAUUAAACGAUCGUUAGGACUUUUCAACCAAGCUAUAGGAGAAAUAAGACCAGAAUCAUCAUAUUUAAUUGACUUAUUACCAUCCCCAGCUUAUGCCAAAAUCAAUCAAAACAGAAAUAAUUUACCUAUCGUUGAUUCACAAACCAAAUUCGUACAUUUAUCAUCAAAUAAAGAGAAACAUACUAUCAGUACAGUGAAAUGGACACCAGAAGGAAGAAGAUUAUUAGUUGCCAGUCAUGGAGGUGAAUUCACAUUAUGGAAUGGAAUGACGUUUAAUUUCGAAACCAUCACCCAAGCACAUGAUUCAGCUAUUUUAUCGUUGAAAUAUCUGCAUAACGAUAAUUGGUUAUUAUCAGGAGAUCAAGAUGGAGUAGUGAAAUAUUGGCAAACUAAUUUCAACAAUGUUAAUAUAAUACAAUGUCAUAACGAUGGGAUCAGAGAUUUGUCUUUCAGUCCAAAUGAUUCAAAGUUCUUAACAUCAUCAGAUGAUUCUACAAUGAAAUUAUGGAAUUUCAAUAAUGGUAAAGAAGAAAGAGUUUUCACCGGUCAUCAUUGGGAUAUUAAAUCCAGUGACUGGCAUCCUAACUUAGGGUUAAUAGUCAGUGGAUCAAGAGAUAAUCUUAUUAAGUUAUGGGAUCCAAGAUCCCCUAAUUGUAUCAAUACUUUACAUGGGUUCAAGAAUACCAUUGCUAAAACAAGGUUUCAACCCACAGGUAUGCAAAGAUUAUUAGCUUCAGCUUCAAGAGAUAGAUCAUGUAGAAUUUUCGAUUUAAGAACCAUGAAAGAUUUAUUGAUCUUAAGGAAUCAUGAAAGUGAUUUAUCAUGUGUUGAAUGGCAUCCUAUUCAUGCAUCAGUAUUUUCCGUUGGUGCUUAUGAUGGGACCUUAUCCCAUUACUCAUUAGAUUCUUAUAUUUCUGAUGAUACUAAGGAAUCAGUAAAUGAAAUCCAACCUAUCCAUAAAAUCCCUUAUGCUCAUGAAAAAUCUAUUAAUGCUUUAGAAUAUCAUCCUUUAGGACAUUUAUUAUGUUCAGCAGGUACUGAUAGAUCAGCGAGAUUUUGGUCUAGAUCUAGACCUAAUGAUCCAAUGGCAUUCCAAGAUGCUUUAUAUACUAAUGAUAAGAAUGGUGCAUGGUACUAUCAAGCCAAUAAUAAUAUUAAUGCUGUUAUAGCACCACCAGAGACUUUCAAACCAACUACAGGUAAUAAUAGAGGAGGAAUACCUGGAAUUCCAGGAUUAAAUUUAAACGAACAAAGUACUUAA